AUGGCACCUCAGAUUGAGAUCUCAAUACCCAACACCACCGUUGCCGGAACCUCGAAACCGUACACAGUGUACAACAUCACACUGCGCCUCCCUCUUCGCUCCUUCACUGUCCAGAAACGCUACUCGGAUUUUGUCGCUUUGCACAAUGGACUGACCGACCAGGUUGGUUCGCCGCCUCCUGUUACCAUCCCCCCCAAGGCCUGGUUCUCGAAGACGGUCUCAAACCCAGAGCUCACGGAAGACCGUCGGCAAAAAUUGGAACAAUACCUGAAGACAAUCAACGAGAUAGAGGAUUCACGAUGGCGUACGACAAGUGUGUGGAGGGCGUUCUUGAAUCUUCCAAGUUCCUUUGCGAACCAGACGUCAAGUAAGGCUGGUGCUCUGCACUCGGUCAUCACAGGGCCAGGAGGAGGCGGCGCACCCAUCACAGAUGCCGUGGUCUGGCUAGAUUGCUAUCGAGAUCUGAAAACGCAUCUACAAGACGCCCGACUGAAUUUGACAUCUCGCGAUCAAGCUUCAACUCCUCAGAAACAACACGAGGCCAGUGCUGCGGCCAAGAGCAGUCUGGUCAAGGCGGGCUCGUUGGUCGCCGCUCUAGAGCAGGGUCUCGCGAAUAUCCGAAAAGCCACGAACGGCGAAUGGGGAGUGCACAGACUGGGAGACGGCGAAAUACGAAGAAGAAAGGACUUGCUGGCCUCGGCGAAGAAGGAUCGCGAUGGCCUCGAAAAUCUCUUGAAUGCCAUGGCCACCAAAUCCAAACUCGAUGGCGCCGUUGCGUCCAUGCAAGAAACGCAGGAGCUCAUUGGGUCCAAACCAAAGGCGAGCGGGCGGGUGUUGGGCAAGGAGACUGCCGAGACGAGAGAGCUGGACAAUCAAGGCGUGCUACAGCUACAGAAGCAAAAGAUGGCCUCACAAGACCUGGACGUCGAGGAACUGCGGAAGAUCGUUCAAAGACAGAAAGAACUGGGCAUUGCCAUCAAUCAAGAGCUUGAAGUCCAGAACGAGAUGCUGAGGAUGGUCGACGAAGAUACCGACCGCGUGCAAGGGAAGAUCAACAUUGCGAAGAGAAGGAUAGGCAAAAUCUCCUAG